UCACUUUAAUAGUAAAUGUAUACAUUAGUGGGCUUAGUGUUACAGAAGCAUCACACUAUCAAUAAUUUAAGUUGGUGUUUUCUUAUUUCCUGGCUCCCAGUCCGCAUCCCCCUCGACAGAGUAAAGACGCAGUGGGAGCAGACGAACGGACCGUACCACAUCCAGAGGCUCGCCGAACACUACGGGAUAUACCAGGACCUCUUUCCCAUGGCGUACUUUGUGCCGCGGGUCAUGCUGCGUGUGGCGUACGGAGAGGACGGCGGCGCCGCAGUGCAUUAUGGGAACCACCUAACACCGAGUCAGGCGGCACAAGCACCUCGGGUACAUUUUGAAGCGGAAGAAAAAUCUCUCUGGACGCUGCUGCUGACCAGCCCAGGUACGUCAACAUUUUUACAUCUUUAUCUUUUAAAUUACAUUUUACGUCUAGACAUCUGUAUUACGUAAUUCCAAUGACAGUGUGUGAAAGUGUGUGUCCAAAUGUGGUACACUUUAGUUUUGGUAAAACUAUACUUUUGUUUAUUUAUUUAUUUAAUAAAAAAUCGUAUAAAAAUACAUGUAAUUUAACUAGCUAAAAUAUUUUGAGAAUUUG